UUAUUGAGAUUUUUUUUAUUGAAACUUGAGUUUAUUGCUGACCAGUUUGACUUGGGCGAAAUAGGACUCUAAGGUUUAAAGACAAUUUUGAGGUGUUGGUCCAUGCUAUCCUCGAGAGACUACUUGACAUCGAAGUAAUGUACAUGUAAAAGAUGUCGCUUGUAUCAGAUAGCGAGCAAGCGUCCGGGUACCUGGAGCACCUACAGGCCCGUCUUUGGGAGCAGGGAGAUCACUCUCAAGAUGAUGACAUCACCUCUAUCAUGGCCAUGCUGGACAGUCCUUUGUUCAGACAGCUUCUCACACUCCAGGAGUCGCUUACGGAACUGAAACAGGUCACAAACACAUAUCCAGUGAAUGAUGAGACCUUUGAGAUCUCUUUGACAGGGGAGCUAAUCUUAAACAUGCCGCCAGACAGCAUCAACAGCAGUAACCACCAUGAUCAGCCUUUCAGUGAAAGUACAGCAGAUGGAUCAACCCUUAACUACACUGAGAACCCCAUUGUGACUCCGGCAUACAACAUUGAGUUCCAGAGGGCGCUAGAGAGGGCUUCUCAGGGUCGUCAGAUAGAAAUCAUCAAACUGUUUAAACCCGAGAACAGCAGCCUUGGGUUCAGUGUUGUGGGACCUAAGAGGAUGGAGAACCAGGUGGAUAUGGGAAUCUACGUUCAGGAGAUCCAGCCUGUAGGCAUUGCUGCAAGAAAUGUGGACCUAUGACUUCGGUAACUUGUACUUAACAUAGUUGCUAUUUCCUGAC